CCGAGGGGCGGGGCCCGGCGGCGGUUGCUGGCGGAGCCCGGGAGGCGGAGAAGGCUCUCGUUGCCUUGGCCGUCGCAUCCCCGAGGGAGUCGUGUCGGCGCCACCCCGGUCCCCGAGCCCGCAGAUUGCCCACCGAAGCUCGUGUGUGCACCCCCGAUCCCGCCAGCCACUCGCCUCUGGCCUCGCGGGCCGUGUCUCCGGCAUCAUGUGUGAGAUGACUAAAAUAAGAGAGUUGCCUUCAAGGAAUUGCUGCCUGAUCAGAGGAAAGAAAAUGAAUGCACAUGCAACAGCUUCAGGUAUAUUUGCUUACUUAAACUACCAUGUUCCUCGAACGAGACGAGAAAUCCUAGAGACCCUAAUCAAAGGCCUUCAGAGACUGGAGUACAGAGGAUAUGAUUCUGCUGGUGUGGGAUUUGAUGGAGGCAAUGAUAAAGAUUGGGAAGCCAAUGCCUGCAAAAUCCAGCUUAUUAAGAAGAAAGGAAAAGUUAAGGCACUGGAUGAAGAAGUUCACAAACAACAAGAUAUGGAUUUGGAUAUAGAAUUUGAUGUACACCUUGGAAUAGCUCAUACCCGUUGGGCAACACAUGGAGAACCCAGUCCUGUCAAUAGCCACCCCCAGCGCUCUGAUAAAAAUAAUGAAUUUAUCGUUAUUCACAAUGGAAUCAUCACCAACUACAAAGACUUGAAAAAGUUUUUGGAAAGCAAAGGCUAUGACUUCGAAUCUGAAACAGACACAGAGACAAUUGCCAAGCUUGUUAAGUAUAUGUAUGACAAUCGGGAAAGUCAAGAUACCAGCUUUACUACCUUGGUGGAGAGAGUUAUCCAACAAUUGGAAGGUGCUUUUGCACUCGUAUUUAAAAGUGUUCAUUUUCCUGGGCAAGCAGUUGGCACAAGGCGAGGUAGCCCUCUGUUGAUUGGUGUACGGAGUGAACAUAAACUUUCUACUGAUCACAUUCCUAUACUCUACAGAACAGGCAAAGACAAGAAAGGAAGCUGCAAUCUCUCUCGUGUGGACAGCACAACCUGCCUUUUCCCGGUGGAAGAAAAAGCAGUGGAAUAUUACUUUGCUUCUGAUGCAAGUGCUGUCAUAGAACACACCAAUCGCGUCAUCUUUCUAGAAGAUGAUGAUGUUGCAGCAGUAGUGGAUGGACGUCUUUCUAUCCAUCGAAUUAAACGAACUGCAGGAGAUCACCCCGGACGAGCUGUGCAAACACUCCAGAUGGAACUCCAGCAGAUCAUGAAGGGCAACUUCAGUUCAUUUAUGCAGAAGGAAAUAUUUGAGCAGCCAGAGUCUGUCGUGAACACAAUGAGAGGAAGAGUCAACUUUGAUGACUAUACUGUGAAUUUGGGUGGUUUGAAGGAUCACAUAAAGGAGAUCCAGAGAUGCCGGCGUUUAAUUCUUAUUGCUUGUGGAACAAGUUACCAUGCUGGUGUAGCAACACGUCAAGUUCUUGAGGAGCUGACUGAGUUGCCUGUGAUGGUGGAACUAGCAAGUGACUUCCUGGACAGAAACACACCAGUCUUUCGAGAUGAUGUUUGCUUUUUCCUUAGUCAAUCAGGUGAGACAGCAGAUACUUUGAUGGGUCUUCGGUACUGUAAGGAGAGAGGAGCUUUAACUGUGGGGAUCACAAACACAGUUGGCAGUUCCAUAUCACGGGAGACAGAUUGUGGAGUUCAUAUUAAUGCUGGUCCUGAGAUUGGUGUGGCCAGUACAAAGGCUUAUACCAGCCAGUUUGUAUCCCUUGUGAUGUUCGCCCUUAUGAUGUGUGAUGAUCGGAUCUCCAUGCAAGAAAGACGCAAAGAGAUCAUGCUUGGAUUGAAACGGCUGCCUGAUAUGAUUAAGGAAGUACUGAGCAUGGAUGACGAAAUUCAGAAACUAGCAACAGAACUUUAUCAUCAGAAGUCAGUUCUGAUAAUGGGACGAGGCUAUCAUUAUGCUACUUGUCUUGAAGGGGCGCUGAAAAUCAAAGAAAUUACUUACAUGCACUCUGAAGGCAUCCUUGCUGGUGAAUUGAAACAUGGGCCUCUGGCUUUGGUGGAUAAAUUGAUGCCUGUGAUCAUGAUCAUCAUGAGAGAUCACACUUAUGCUAAGUGUCAGAAUGCUCUUCAGCAAGUGGUUGCUCGGCAGGGGCGGCCUGUGGUAAUUUGUGAUAAGGAGGAUACUGAGACCAUUAAGAACACAAAAAGAACAAUCAAGGUGCCCCACUCGGUGGACUGCUUGCAGGGCAUUCUCAGCGUGAUCCCUUUACAGUUGCUGGCUUUCCACCUUGCUGUGCUGAGAGGCUAUGAUGUUGAUUUCCCACGGAAUCUUGCCAAAUCUGUGACUGUAGAGUGAAGAAUGUCUAUACAAAAUGUACGAAACUGUACGAUUAAGCAACACAAGACACCUUUUGUAUUUAAAACCUUGAUUUAAAAUAUCACCCCUUGAAGCCUUUUUUUAGUAAAUCCUUAUUUAUAUAUCAGUUAUAAUUAUUCCACUCAAUAUGUGAUUUUUGUGAAGUUACCUCUUAUAUUUUCCCAGUAAUUUGCGGAGGACUUUGAAUAAUUUAAUCUAUAUUGGAAUCUGUAUCAGAAAGAUUCUAGCUAUUAUUUUCUUUAAAGAAUGCUGCGUGUUGCAUUUCUGGACCCUCCACUUCAAUCUGAGAAGACAAUAUGUUUCUAAAAAUUGGUACUUGUUUCACCAUACUUCAUUCCGACCAGUGAAAGAGUGGUGCAUUUAAUUGGAGUAUCUAAAGCCAGUGGCAGUGUAUGCUCAUACUUGGACAGUUAGGGAAAGUUUGCCAAGUUUUAAGAGAAGAUACGAUUUAUUUUGAAAUUUGUUUCUGUUUUGUUUUUAAAUCAAACUGUAAAACUUAAAACUGAAAUUUUAUUGGUAGGAUUUAUAUCUAAGUUUGGUUAGCCUUAGUUUCUCAGACUUGUCUAUUAUCUGUAGGUGGAAGAAAUUUAGGAAGCAAAAUAUUACAGUAGUGCAUUGGUGGGUCUCAAUCCUUAACAUAUUUGCACAAUUUUAUAGCACAAACUUUAAAUUUGAGCUGCUUUGGACAACUGACAAUAUGACUUUAAAUUUGAAGAUGGGAUGUGUACAUGUUGGGUAUCCUACUUCUUUGUGUUUUCAUCUCCUAAAAGUGGUUUUUAUUUCCUUGUAUCUGUAGUCUUUUAUUUUUUAAAUGACUGCUGAAUGACAUAUUUUAUCUUGUUCUUUAAAAUCACAACACAGAGCUGCUAUUAAAUUAAUAUUGAUAUA